AUUGGCUAUGUAUAACCGUUGUUGUUGUUGUUGUUGUUUAGGAAAAUAUCAUUUUAGUUCUACCUUUUCAUAUAAUAAUGGAUUCUUUGGGUGUUGAUGUGAAAGUUUAUAUUUAUGACCUAUCGCGUGGUUUAGUUCGAUCAAUGUCACAAAUGUUUCUUGGUAAACAGAUAGACGGAAUCUGGCAUACAGGAAUAGUUGUGUUUGGGCAAGAAUACUACUGGGGAUCAGGAGGCAUCGAGUGCUGUCCACCGGGUGGCACUCUUCUAGGCCAGCCAAAUGAAAUCAAGCAUCUUGGUAAAACACAGAUUCCCUAUGAUAUGUUUAUGGACUACCUAGCCGACCUCUCCAGGACCUCAUUCGCGCCUGAGAGGUACCAUCUUCUCAACAACAACUGUAACACAUUCAGCUCAGAGUUGGCCCAGUUUCUUACUGGCAAUGACAUCCCGAAGCAGAUAACGGGUCUGCCUGCAGAGGUCUUGCAGACUCCAUUUGGUCAAAUGAUCAAGCCAUUCCUGGACACCAUGUCAGUCCAACCCACUGGAGGACACACAGUGUUUACUGCAAACAACGUGCAGUCUAGUUCCCCUCCCACCCCUACAGCUGACCAAUCAAACAUCAAGUCAACAUCUAAGUCAGUGACUGGUCAGUCACCUUCAGCCCCACCACCUCAUGCCACAUCCAACACUGGGCAGCCAACAAGCUCUGCCACUGCAAUUGAACCAACGGUCUACAUGGAGGAAAUUCCAAAUAUUUCUGUCUGGAACAAACCAGAGAAUCAGCUAUCUGAGAGAGUGCAGUCAUUGAUCCAUGAAAUCUACGAGUACCUCUCUACCAAGGAUGACAGCUGGUCCCUAGGCCCCAACCACGUGAAGGCAGUCUCAAACCUGGCCCUGGACUCCGCCCAUGUGUGCUGUACCUGCGCCAAGCAGCUGUUGGUGAGGCUGGCACUGCUGGAGGAGGUCGUGGGUCUGAUCAUCAGCCCCAGGGUAUCACUGAUUCCUGAUUGCAUAGCCAAGUUCAGUCAGAUACCAGAACAACACCAAACAAAUAUACUGAAAAUAUUCACAAAUGUCUGCAGCUCAAAACAGGGACAUGGAUUUUUAACAAAUCAGAUCCACCAAAAGCCCCUCACUACUUUGGUAGUUAACAUUGUUUUGAGCGAGUCUGCCUCUGAAAAUUCAAAGAUUGCUCUGGCACUCUGUAACAACCUCACUCUUCACACGCUAUCCGAAGACAUGGAGCUGGAGUUGGGCAGUGCUCUGUUUAGCUGUGUGGACAGGCAACAUGAUGAGCCUACUGCAUUCUGUCUCGUGUCGGCCUUGUCAAGACUUACAGCCAGAAAUCAGGAGGUGAGGGGACUGGCUCGUGUUCUAGAUGUCAACCUCAGCAAACUCUCCAGUAGUUCUGACAGAGUUAGGCAGCUCUGUUGCCAGAUUAGCAGUGUCUUGUAGAUAAAGAAUAAGUCUGCUUGAGAUUGACUUUGAACAAAUAUCCAGUGUCAUUUACUUAAAGGACUUUGUAACAAUCUGGUUUCUCAUUCGAAUUUGUUUCUUGAAUAUGUAUGAUCUUCAUCCAAUGUGGUUGAUGAAAGCAAAAUGUUGAUUUAAAUACAAUUUUAUAUUAUUAUCAAUCCAUUCAACAUGGAUACAUACUAGAACUGUGAAAUAUUUAUCAUUUGUUUCAUUUUGCAAGGACACUGCUAUUUACAUUCAAAUGAAGCCUUUUUAGUACAGCAUACGAAAAAAUGAAACUCCAGAAACAUUGGGAUUCAUUUCCAAUUAAAGAUGCUAUUCUCAGAGAUUUUAUAUUUAAGUGAAAGGCAUUCAAUUUUGAUUUGUGGGGAAGGCGGAGUACUUUGACAAAACCACGCCUGUCAGUUAUGGUGACUACCAACCAAACUCGCAUGUGCCGGGAGCAGGCAUUGAACACUUUUGCAUAGAUGAGAAGCGCACGUACAUAUCACUGCGCUGACGGUAAAGCCAAUGUGAGACUUUAAUUUUGAAUUUGGGUCCUAAUGAACGACAUAAGAUAAAUAUUAUAAACCUAAUGAUAAUCAAACACCAUGUUUUGGAAUAGCUCUUCUGUUAUUUAUUUAUUUAGUCUGUGAUGCAUGUAUUAUUGUUUGAUAUAUUCUUUGUACUGUUUUAUGCUUUGUACUAUAUUGUGAGUGUUUCAUAUUAUUAAAGUUGUGCACAUUUACAA